CAGGUGCUAUCGGUGCUCUAGAGACAUCGGCUGGCGCCCAGUCGUCUUAUCCUUUGUUUAUAGUAUAGUAUAGACAGACGUACACACAGCAUCAUGAAAGGCUGCUUCGUCGCAUCGGCUCUUCUGGUUUGCCUUAUCUUUCAAGUUACCUCGCAGUGUGAUGACUACGAUGACCCCGUGAAAACGUCAAUCACAGAUGAAGAACGCGCCCCCUAUGACGUCAUGGCUUACACGAACGAAAGCUCUUGUGACAGCGGAAUCUCCGAGACGCCCAUGAGCGCCUUCGUUAGCUGGGAUCCACCGCGGGUUGUCACCAGCCCGAUUGAAGCUUACGUCAUUCACGUUGUCUCAAGCCGCGGCAUCGACAUCCGGGUCCGUGUCGCUCCCAACGUGACGCAGCAUGUCUUGGAUUUCAUGGAAUGCUGGAACGCGUACAUUCUUCGGGUCGAGGCCCAGUUCGAGUCCGGAGAGUCGUCUUCCUCGCGUGCCAUGCUCUACGCCACCGGAGACAGAGCGCGCAAGUUCUUUCCACAAGAUCUGCGCGCCGUCGAAGACUUCAAGAACUGCGAGAACGGAGGAAUGUACGGGUCGGUUCACCUGCGGUGGAAGCCUGCCCACCUGGGAAAGCUGAAUGUAACGGGUUACACCGUGGCGAUCGACUCCGACAAAGGCACGACGAACUUCUUCCGCUUGGCCGAUGACGCCAGGGCCUUCAAGUACGCCCACGUCAACUGCAAGGGUACCACGGUCAUCGGCGUUUCUGCGAGGACUCGCGUGAACUUGGGACUGUUCGACUACAAUCCGAGCGAAAUCAGCUUCCCGGCUGCGUACGUGGCCGUCUCCGCCGACACGAAGCCCUACAUUCUUCCUGCAGAGGGAGCGACUACCACUGCCUCGACCACUACAGAAAGCAAGUCGAUGGUCACUGAGAAACCAUCUUACCCCACCGCGGAACAAAGCACUACGAAGCUGGCCACGACCACGGAGGACAGCUUCACAACCCUGGUCGCAAGCACUGAACAUAGCACCACGACAACAGAGCACCAUUACAGCAGCACUAUCUCAAAUGACGUGGAGCCCGUUUCAACCGGGGUGUCGACCUCAACGAUCCUUUGCGCCGUCCUCAUUCCCUUGGCAGUCAUAAUACUGGUAGGGCUCCUCUUCUUCGGCUACAAGAAGUACAAGCAAACAGGAGGGGAAGGCCUUCUGAGCGCCAGCGACAGCCCUUAAAGCACUUCAGGAAAGCUUCUCGCAGACAGCAUGUCUUCUGUGUCGACUGUAGUGUUCUGCGUUGCCUUCGGAAGAGCCUAUUCAGCGCUUACAGGAAUGACUGAUCGUGCGGCAUGCGACGCCUGCGGCAGCGAAUGAGAGCAUCGAUCACUUCUUCUUCUUCCAGUAUCUUCGCAAUGACUUAAAAGGACAAUUACCGUGUAAUGUAUUUGGACUACACUAUGAUAACCCAUUGCCCGCACAGAUACUUUUGGACACCAUUGCCGCCGAUGGUCGGUGCGCAAAGCAAUGAACGCACUUUCAUACCUUUUGAAGACGGCUGGCCUGUGCGAAUGCCUUUGACUGCGUGGUGCUGUCUGCUCGCGUGCGCGCAUUCAUCGCCGUUUUUCUUGUCCUCUCCCUUCUUUCGAUGAUGCUGUUAUCCUCCCCUAGUACAGCAUAGCGUCUGUGCCUUCUUCCAUUAAUGGUUUUCUAUAUAUCUGCGUACAGAGAUUUCAAGGCGCCGGCUUGUGUCAAUAAACCAAAAUCACGCAUCUUUCCUCUAUCGACAGCGCGCAUCUUACGCACCUUAUUGUAGUCAGGCCAGGUAGCAUUGUUUUGUUUUGUUUGCUAACCUGCUGUGGUUGCUUAGUGGUUGUGGUGUUGGGCUGCUAAGCACAUGGUCGCGGGAUCAAAUCCCGGCCACGGCGGCCGCAUUUCCAUGGAGGUGAAAUUAAGAAAAUACCUGUGUACUUAGAUUUAUGCGAGCGUUAAGGAACCCCUGGUGGUCCAAAUUUUUCCGCAGUCCCCCACUACGGCGUGCCUCAUAAUGAAAUGGUGGUUUUGGCACGUAAAACCCCUUAAAUAAAUGAAAUGUUAUUUGCUACUGUUUAAGGCUUGGAAAAAUAUGCAGCAUCGAAAAACGCAAUUUUUACUGCGGUGUUUUCACUAAAUUUUACGUUAUCAUCAAGUGUUUCUUUUCUUAUAUGUCCGCGUACUCACCAAAAACCAUUAGCAUUGGCCGGGCGAAAUAAAACAGACUAUAUACACUCUUCGCGUUUACGAAAGUUC